UUGGAAAGAACUGGUCAACCCAGUGACCUUCAGGCUACCUGCUCGAGUCCAGUGUUAUCUUUCCAUGGACCCAGCGCAUGAAACAUAUACUAAUUAUAUCUGUCAGAAUGAAGCCAUGUGACUCACAGAAUAGGCUAAUUGCCGGACACGACCGACAUCAUCCACUCCGGCUGUGCGUAAAAGCCCUUGUGCGCAAAUGGAGCGUCGUGGCGCAAUGGCGCAUCGCCGGGGAAGACGCGCUGUUAUCUGUUCUCGGCCAGCAUCAAAAUGAUCAAGCAGUGAGGUGUAGACUACCUGCACACAAGUAUUCAUUAUUAGCUGUAAUCCAGGCUAAAGGGAUUCGGCUCUUGUAUUUUUACGCAGAGACGUUUGGGUGAAAUUACGCACAGUUUGCGAUGAUGGAGCAGGUUAAACUAGUUCUGGUGGUUGUGCUGCUUCUGACAAAUGUUUUCUGUCAAGAAAUGGAUGUUGACAACUGGAGGGAAGCUAUCGAAGAGAACAAAUGGUCAAACUCGGAAGUUAUUCAAGAUAUAUUAUUGAGAAUGACCAGAAAACCAGGACCACGCCAAUAUCUCGGACUCGUGGGAAAGAAAGACUUCGGCAGAGCAAAAACACAGAAAGCACGUAAACGACAUAAAUUUCAAACCUUUGUGGGUCUGAUGGGUAAAAGGAGCUUUGAGGAUGAAGGAGCCCUGUGAGCUGCACUGAAGACUGAGAACCUGCGCUUGUUUUCUCACUUUCUUUCAUUCCAGACUGCAAAACUGUAAUGUUGUUGGGUCAGUCCGUCAUCAUUUCAAAUAAAAUGUCACAUGUAACGGUCGCGUUUGAGGCUGCUACCAAGAAGCUUUAGGCAAACGGCGCCACCUAGUGUUGGAAAAAAAUGUGGAAAAUUUGACACUAGAAAAAAUAAUUCAGUAUUAUUCGAAAAAAAGUGUCAUUUAAACAAAUGUGUCAUCACUUCACAAACCCGACCAGUUUCCAUAAUAAACCCAUCUCACGCCUCACUAUCAUCACAGGUUUAUUAAGUGACUUUGUACAAUACAAAUGAAAAAUAAAAUUAAAAAUACAGAGAUGGAGUA